AUGUCCAUCAUAAUGAUGGAUCAUGAUGAGCCGGACCUGGUGUCCCUUGACGCCUUCCGUCAGCUCACGGCUUCCAGAAAAAUGGCAUUGCAGCCUGACGACGAGGCAGCCUACUAUGAGCUCCUCAAGGCCGCAGAUAAGUGUGUGAAGUACGUAUACAAGAUGCCAGAAUACGUAGACCCCCGCUUGGUCCCGGAUAUGGUCUCUGGGUCGACUCGAGAAUACAGCAACCCAACAAAUGGAUCACCAGGGAACCCGCUCGGAGGUUGGAGUCACAGGACCAGCAUCAAGAGCUCCAAGGCGCUCAAGAAUAACCUCUUGGAGGGAAAGACAGUGGUGGCCAAGGAUAACAUUCUGGUGGCCGGAAUACCGCUGACAAUAGGUACCUCGCCUACCCAUCUAUCCAAAGAUGGAAAAUACCCCAUCCCAAAGAUCGAUGCGCCUGUGAUCCAACGUGUGCUCGAAUCUGGGGCGACGUUCACUGGCACGGCAGUAUGCGAAAACUACUGCAUGUCUGCGCUCUCAUUCACCUCGGCCAGCGGGCCGGUGGCCAAUCCAUGGCUGCCAAGGGGUCCACAUGGCGAGAGAUAUGCCUAUGCAUGCGGCGGCUCUAGCUCAGGAUGCGGCGGGCUCGUUGCUGUCAAUGUUGUCAAGAAGAUCAGAGCAAAGAAGGGCUUGCCACCGGUAGACAUCGGCGACGGAGCGGACUUUGCACUCGGUGGUGACCAAGGAGGCAGCAUUCGGUUGCCUGCUGCUUACAGUGGUAUCUACGGCCUCAAGCCGACACAUGGGCUAGUUCCUUACACCGGCAUCGCAAGCUUGCACCCCCUUAUAGAUCACUGCGGCCCAAUGGCAGGGAGUGUGAGGGACACGGCACUGCUGUUGAGCGUCCUGUCCGGCUACGAUGGCAUGGACCCACGAAUGACACCCGAGACUCCAUUAAGAACAUGCGUACCACAGUAUCACGAGAUACUUGACAAGUCCAUCGCGGACCGAUCAGCUGCGGGCACAUGGACCGCCACCCAAGCAGCCAAAGGGCUGAGGGUAGGCGUUCUCAAGGAAGGUUGGGAGGUACCCACGAUAUCACCAGAAGUGGCUGCUGUGACGAAAGCGGCUUGCCAACGCUUCGCCUCGCUUGGCGGAACAGUCGAGGAGGUAUCGAUCCCCAUGCACAAGCUCGGCCCAGCCAUCUGGACGGCGGCCACCCGGGCCCAAAUGAUUGACUCGAUGACCAACAUGUCGCCGACGCUGCUCUCACACACGCUGCCCGAUCUCAACCCCCCUGUCCCUGAUCAAGAUUGGUAUGAGACCAUGAACAAGUUCAACCCAGCAGUCGUGAACGUGUUCUUCUCUGGCGCAUAUUUGUCCAACCCGGAUCUGUUCCCGCCAGCGUACCAGAACAAAGCCAUGAUGCAUGUUCACGAGCUUCGAGCCGCGUACGACGAUGCCCUGUCGAAAUAUGACGUUUUGAUAACUCCAGCAACACCGACGGUGGCCAUGCAGCGAAACGAGAAAUGGCACGGCGGAGGCGUCAUGGGACACCUGGACCUUGCACUUGGCAAUAACAUGAACACUGGCAUGUUCAAUGUGACAGGACAUCCGGCGAUGACAAUGCCCAUCGGCUGGGGAAAGCCAAGGGAAGAGGGUGUGGCAGGAAAACUGCCCAUCGCGUUCCAAAUCGUUGGUAAGAGGUUUGGUGAAAGCGAUACGUUCUUGGCAGCGGCAGCGUGGGAGGCGGGCGGUCUGGCUUAUGACGAGUGGGAAGGAUAA